ACUCUGUCAGGACAUGGAACAGCAGCAGCAGCAAUCUGCGCCGCCCUCGGCGGUGGUCAACAAGACGGUAUCGAGCGUGGCGAGCCUGGUGAAGCUGCUGCCGAGCGGCACCGUGCUGGCCUUCCAAGCCCUGGCGCCGCCCUUCUCCAACCGCGGCGCGUGCCGGCGCUCUAACAGGUACCUCACCGCGGCGCUGAUCCACCUGUGCGCCGCCGCAUGCGCGCUCCUCUCCCUUACCGACAGCCUCAGGGGCGGUGACGGCAAGCUCUACUACGGGAUCGCCACCUUGGGGGGGCUGCACGUGGUCAACUACGAGGGGGAGGAGGAGGAGCGGGGCAGGGUGUUGAGGGACCUGAGGCGGUACCGGCUGCGGGUGCGGGACGGCGUCCACGCGGUGCUGGGGGUGGUGAUGUUCUUGGCCGUGGCCUUCAGCGACGCCGACGUCGUCGAGUGCUUCUUCCCCGAGGUAGGGGCGGAGGUGAGGCAGCUGCUGGUGAACCUGCCGCUGGGGGCUGGGCUCGUGGCCAGCGUGGUGUUCGUGAUGUUUCCGACGACUCGAAAGGGCGUCGGCUACGCGGACACGGCUCAUCACACGGAGUUGUCGUGAGGACUGAGAACGAGAGAUGAAAGAGAAGAGAACACGAAAAACAAAGAAGAAGAAAAAGGAUUAAACGACGUCGACAGCAGGGUUCGAACCUGCGCGGGCGAAGCCCAACAGAUUUCAAGUCUGUCUCCUUAACCACUCGGACAUAUCGACAUCACAAUUAGCCUCUUUCGUAACAAUAUUUAACUAAUUGUUUUAGCAAAGAAGGUGAAAUAACUUACUUCAACGAUGCGAGGAAAAAUAAAGUAUUAUAA